GUAAUAGGUGGAGUGUGAUUGGCUGGGUGGGGCUACCAUCGCUAUCUGCCGCUAUAUCUUUCUCGGACUCCCGACGAUUCUUGUCCGCUCCCCUAACUCUUCUUCGACUCUAAGUCCUUUGUGGCCGUCGCGUCCCCGACCCCUUGCUCGCCAACUACCAACCUCUGCUCGCCUCCGGACAACCCGCGCAGGCCUGCUACGGUCCCCGCACGCGUUCAACACUGCUCAGUCAGCAGACUGCCAGCACACCUUCAGAGCGGACUGCUUCGACAAUGCCUGGCCCCGUCAUACUCGAGUCUCCGGUCAUGAAUAUGCACAGCCCCGCCAUGUCGCCCAUCUCGCGUGUGCAGUUUGUGGGCCACAUGCACGCCCAGCCGCCGAGCCAGUCCAUCCAGGAUGUGGCCACACCGUCCUCCCCUUCACGCGCUGCGUUGCAGCCUCGGAACGGCAACGGACCGUCAUCUCCCUACGCCGUGGACCCCACGUUGCGCGAACGCAACGAGGGGAACAUUGACCCCUCCCUCAUCCAGCACGGCCAGGUGGACGUAUCGAGUCGCACGAACAGUUGCGCGAAUUGCGGCUCUAGCAAUACGCCCCUUUGGCGCCGCGACGGAGAUGGCAAGACGGUGUGCAAUGCCUGCGGCCUUUAUUACAAGGCCCACGGCUCACCUCGUCCCGUCGCACUCAGACGGACGUCAGUAGUCCCUUCGGCCACUCACCCGAACGCAGACCCUGUCGACGGCCUUUCACCCUCGCAGUCACCGUUGCGCAUCCAGCAAUCCACAACACGAGACCGAUCCCCCCUCUCUACCGCUCACUCUGCUUCACCUAUGCCGACCACAGCGGCAACAUCCCUGCCUUCCGUGCAGGCCCCACAACAGCGUAAUUCACCGGCUUUGCCGCCUCAGGCCAAGCCCAAUGCCCAGGUGCAGAAACCAGCACAUCCGCCGGGGACAUGCCCCGGAGAUGGGCGUUGCGACGGUACCGGUGGCACAUCCGCGUGUUCUGGCUGUCCUACUUACAACAACGCGCUUUCCGCGCAUCUUCAAGCUGUAGCUCCGAGCGGUGAGGGCAAUGGAACGGCUGCCGGUGCACCACCACCCGCAGCACAAGACCUCUCUCAAGGCCCCGCCAACGGUCAACCACCGACCCACUCGACAGUUGGCGAACAACCACCCAUGGAUCAAGGCAGCUCCUCUGCCAACGGACGAGCGCGGAUGCGUGGUCCCGUAGGCGCACUCAGUUGCGCGAAUUGUGGCACAAGCACGACACCUCUGUGGCGCCGCGACGACGCAGGCAACAACAUCUGCAAUGCAUGUGGGCUUUACUACAAACUUCACGGAACGCAUCGGCCCAACUCGAUGAGGAAAACCGUGAUCAAGCGGAGAAAACGCGUUCCGGCCGCCGCUGGCGCUCCUGGCUCUCCAACUCAACAGGAUCGCAUGUCCGAUCAGGCGGCAGCAGAGGUUCUUGCCAGCGUACGAGGAGGUGCGAGCGGGGGUGCUGGGACGCAGGACGAGAGCGAGGAGGACCAGCCAAAGCGCAAACGCGCACGCAAAUCUCGCGUGUCGAGGAAGGAGGGGGACGACGGGAUGGACGUGGACGAGGAUGAUGGGGAUGAUGAAGACGUGAAGACUGUGCGUAAACCCAGACGCAGUCGUGGCAGUGCGGUCGCUGGCAAUCGUCGCGGCAGCUCGCGAGAGUCGGCCGCUCCUGUGGUUUGGGGCGAGAUCAUGCAUCCUCAAUCCAUGGCUGAAGCUGGUCCGUCGGCUUCCCCGCACGCAUCGCGUGCAGGGUCGACCCCUGCUGGCGCACCCCAUGGGCAUCCCUUUCCCAACCCUCACGGCGGCUACAACCUUCCACCUCUGACGGCCGCUAUCAACGGGGAGAUGCCAAUGGCGAUGGCGAUGUCGAUCAUGAACAUGCAGGGCGCGCCGGUUCCUGGCGCGACUCCCAACUACGCACGGUCCGCCUCUCAAGGUGCCGGUGCCCCGAGUAGGACGCAUUCGCCCCUCGCUGGGCCCGGCAUGGCUGCCCCUCCUCAGGGCUACGUCCUUCCACCCCUCGCGCAUGGUGCCCCGCCCCCGCCGCAUACCUUCGUUCAUCACCACCCGCAUGCCUACUACGCUCCUCCACCGGGUGGUCAGCCGCCGGUUCCUUCUACGCAAGAGCUGGAGCGGCAUUACAACGAGCUGGCAGAGCAGAGGCGGAGGCUCGAGGAGAUGAUGGAGAAGACGGACCGGAUGAUGGCUGGUGUCAGACGUGGUCUCGACGAUAUGCGCAUGAGCCAAUCCGCGCAGGCUUCUCCAUCGCAAAGCCAGGCGCAGUCCAGUCAAGCUGCGUCUGUGCCUCUCAGCCGGGGCGAGCGGCCGACGUCGAGCAGGGAGAGCAUAUGGCCUGUUGCUCCGCCCGAGGCGUCCCCGCGUGAAACGAACAAGUAGAACACACGUACUGGCACUCGAACACCGUUCACAGUUUUUUCAAAAUUUAGGUAUUCAUGUUCAAUGACUGUCGGUUGUGUCGUCUCGUAUACUAUACGCGUUUGGCGGUUGUUGGUAUUCUUAUCUACAUGGACGACACUAUUAUAUGGUACCGUAUAGUCUCCCCUUCGUUCUUAUGUCGCGUAUCCGUAUGUUAUGUGUAUAUCGAAGAUGGCAAACAUAUAGAUAAGAUAGCAAUCGUUUUUGUUCCUCGGGAUCGCGCUCAAUCU